GGCAGCUAGGAAGGGACAGAGGCCAGCGCACAGCUGUCGGUGCAAGGCUGCCUCCAGGAUGGAGCGAUUCAAGGCUGCCAUGCUCCUGGGGAGCGUGGGCGACGCUCUUGGCUACAGAAACCUGUGCACAGAGAAUAGUGCCGUGGGCUCGAAGGUGCAGGAGGAGCUGCAGUGUGCCGGGGGACUAGAGCAGCUUGUGCUCUCGCCAGGGACGUGGCCAGUGAGUGACAACACCAUCAUGCACAUCGCCACCGCCGAGGCCCUCACCACGGACUACUGGUGCCUGGAUGACCUGUACCGGGAGAUGGUGCGGCGCUACGUGGACGUCGUCGAGAAGCUUCCAGAACGCCGGCCAGACCCAGCCACCGUCGAAGGCUGCUCCCAGCUGAAGCCGGACAACUACCUGCUCGCCUGGCACACGCCCUUCAACGAAAAGGGUUCCGGAUUCGGAGCGGCCACGAAAGCCAUGUGCAUCGGCAUGCGGUACUGGGGGCCGGAGCGCCUGGACACCCUCGUGGAGGUCAGCAUCGAGUGCGGCCGGAUGACCCACAACCACCCCACAGGCUUCCUGGGGUCCCUGUGCACCGCCCUGUUCGUGUCCUAUGCCAUACAAGGAAGGCCGCUCGCACAGUGGGGCAGGGACAUGCUGAGGGCCGUCCCGCUGGCCGAGGAGUACUGCAGGAAGACCAUCCGGCACAUGGCAGAGUACCAGGAGCACUGGUUCUACUUCGAAGCUAAGUGGCAGUUCUACCUGGAGGAGAGAAGGAUCAGCGAGGACGAGGAGAACCAAGCCGCCUUUCCGGACAAUUACGACGCGGAGGAGAGGGACAAGGCCUACAGGAAGUGGAGCUCGGAAGGCCGCGGGGGCAGACGUGGCCACGACGCCCCCAUGAUCGCCUACGACGCCCUCCUCGCCGCGGGCAGCAGCUGGACAGAGCUGUGUCACCGGGCCAUGUUCCACGGAGGUGAGAGCGCGGCCACGGGCACCAUCGCGGGCUGCCUGUUCGGACUGCUGUACGGCCUGGACCCCGUCCCCAGAGGCUUGUACCAGGACCUGGAGCACAGGGAGAAGCUGGAGGCCUUGGGCGCGGCUCUGCACCGCCUGUCCACCGAGGAGAAGUAAAGCCCUUCUGCCCCGGGCCGCGGGCCGCACACCUGCCCCCGCCCGGGAGCGCGCGCCUGCCGCUCACUCGCUGGGGGCCACCUCUUCUCCUCCCGGCCGAGAGCCCCGGUUGCCGCAUAAGACGCGCCGUCUGCCCUGCGUCGCCUGGGACUUGCGCCCAGCCUCCGGUGCAGCGGUCGCAGAGUCUCUGGGACGGAACUAACCCGUUUGCUCGCGCACGCCAGCGGCACUAACAGGCCCCCACGGCGGCCCGGGCGCGACUUGGCGGCUGGCCUGGGCCUCGCUGCGUCCUCAGCACCGCGGCUCGGCAGUGCGCGCGUGUGGAACAGCCCACUCCGAUGCCUCCCGGGUGCGGCACAGCCCUGCCCUAACCCCCAGCCUGGUUUUUAAUCACACUAGAUUUGUAAGAUCAGCCUCCUUUGGAGCCUCUUGCCUGAGAAAGCAGGCUGCGGCCUCGUCGGUCGGCCUUCGCACGGCUUAGCGGGGCAGGUCCGCACGGCAGAGAAGCCUCUGGCCUCCUGCAGCCUCUCCCUCCGGGCUCACUUCAGUUCCCCGCAGCCGAGAUUCUCUCGGAGAGCCUUCAGAUAGACAGCAC